GCUCAUGCAAUUCGCAAUUCUCCUGCUCCCUUCCUUUACCGAACACGUACUCUUGCUCGUCCAUUGCGCCUCCGACCUCAGCUCGGCUCGAGCUAUUCAACCUCCGAUAACCCCAGCUCUGAUUCUGCUGAACCACACACCCACGCCGAAAGUGAUAAACCUCCAGAAUCCAGUAGCAAUGGCGCAGACGAAGAAGUCCGGUUCACCGCUCCCGCCUCUACCCCUGCUCCCCGGAGGAGCUUCUUACGGAGAAAAGCCGAAAUCAUAGCCAAGCCUGCUAGCCAGGCAGGACGAUGGAGAAAGAAAGAACGGCCGGAUAAGAUGGGUCGAAAACCAACUUUAACUACACACGAGACUCGAGCGCUUGCCGGCCUCAUUUCAAAGCUUGACCCUGAGAAGCGACCGACCCCAGAACAGUUGGCGCACGAACCUGGAUCGUCGGAAGAGUCAGCCCAGGCAAAGCCGGAGGAAACCAACGCGGAAAUCUCCGCCAUAUUCGCCGCAGUGUUGAGGGAUGUGAGGAAUCUACAAGGUCCGCCCGAACACAGAGCCAGUGACAAGGCCACGGGAGCGGUGAGGGAGGAAACGGAAAGGCGCAAAGAAAGGCUCGGAAGUGAAGCCGAACAGAGUCUUGAUACAUUUGCAGCGUCAAGGGAACAAGCCCGACUUGGGGAGCUACCUAGGGAUGCCGUGCAGACCCAGGAGAGCGAGCGCCACUUACCGGAUACCAAUGAUGCGCUGGCGGAGCUCCUUCGAACAAACGAGUUGACCCUAGCCAGGGCCAUUGAACUAGUCGCUGAGCGGGAGACUGCGAAGAUCGACUCGACCCUUCACGCCGCGGUUGAAAACACGACAGACGAGGCCUUCUGGAAGUCUGAUACUGCAACUGAAUCGCCAUCGCCGCUUUCAUUCCCCGCCUGCGUCCCCAUCGUACCCGUCGUGGUAGCAAUUUACCCCAAAGUCCUACGCACGGCCUUUGUUCUCCUCAACCUCCACUUCCCCGAUUCCCAUCUCAUCAGCGAAUUUCGCGCAACAAUCACCUCCCUUGGCCGUGAAUCCGCAACGCUCGGCCUUACCACUAGCCUCUUCAAUGACAUGCUCUAUUUCCACUGGCGCGUCACGCAUGAUUUCCCCGAGGUCAUUGCGUUAUGCCGCGAGAUGGAAGUCACUGGUGCGCAGCCCAACAUCGGCACGAUCAAUAUACUUGAGGGUAUCGUGCGCGAGCGCAAUGAAGACCUCGUGAAGCGUCAGUCGGGCGAGACCUCGGAGCAGCCAUGGUGGGAUUUCCCCGAUAAUCGGAGGGCUAUGCGUAAAUUGUUAGGGGAGGACGGGAUGCUUGAGAGGUUCAGGAGGCAAUAUCGCGAAGGCAAGGAGAGAAAGAAGAUUUGGAAGCCGUACCUCUAA